AUGGCCAUCUGUGCAGUUCAACCUCACGCGGACAUGUAUGGCUUGGGUAUCAGAAUUGCCUUUUACUUACAAUGGCUAGGCACCUUGUGGUUCAAUUACGUCGACCAAACAGCUCUACCUGACCUUAGACUGUUGGGGUUAUGCCUCUCAGGGAGCAUGACACUCGUUCUACUGAUGGAAUCUUUGGACACUGCUCUUGACGCCGCCGAGAUGUAUGUCAUGACUGUGCUUGCCACAGGUGCCCACAUGUUCCUGGUGCCGGUCUACAUCUGGCGGUUGGUUGCUGGCUGUAGAUGCUACUGGGAUCCGUCUUACUGGAUGGAAGAAGAGCCGCUUCGCAUUUACCGGGUCGUCAACUUUGUAACAAUGGUCGCUGGCACGUGUGUCGCAGUGUGGUUCUUUGCGGCUCACUUGCCGGGCCUGGAAGACGGCUGUCAGCAAUAUGGCUUCAUCUUUGGUGAGUUAUCUAUGAAGAAUUGGGGAUUCAUUGUGUUGAAUUCCAUGUUGCAUGCUGCCGUUCUGGUCGUUUGUGUGGUCAUCUUGUUGGCGAAAUUGGGAAGAAAAGUGAAACGGGGGAGUAUUCGUCGUCGGCGUAGACGACGAAGAGAAAACUACAACCACGUUCGCCGCCUUGCCACGAUUCAAGUGUUCUCCGACUGCGUCGUCUGGGCUAUGCUCGUUGCUACUGUCGAGCUGGCCAUCACGUACAACAACUUAUCUGGAGCCAACGGUGUUAAUUCAGUAGCGCAGCUUCUUGCUUUACUUGCCAGCAUUGGAACAUGUUUGCGUGCCUACUGGCUGCAUGCAGUCGACAACGGUGCCAAAGUUUAUGAUAGAGACGACAUCGCCCAGAACUACGGUUGGCCAAUGACUUAUGAGGACUGGUGGACAUUGGCAGAGUACCAACAAGCAAUGGAUAUUGCCAGAGACAAUGAACGAUGGUCUAGACAUUGGCGGAGACAGAUUAGGCGGGCGUAUAGAGGAUGA